UGUUCAUUUUACUAUUUUUUUCCCCUUCCGCGGCUGCCGUUUAUUCACAACUACUUCCAGUAUACGCGUGACGUCGCGGAAAUGGUUCUUCGCUUCGUUGUUCCACUGAGCUGAGUCAAACUGCGGUCUUUUUGAAUUCACCGCACUUGCUUGCGGUUUGCUGUUCCGUUUUGAUUUGGAAUCGGUGCACAGGUGUCAUUCGCACUGAGGGCGAAAAAAAUGACCAUGCCUACUGGAAAAUCUUCCGGAUUAAAUCAUGGGAGUGAUAAUAGACGGGCUUCCAAACCACUCAUAGAAAAAAGGCGCAGAGCCAGAAUUAACCAAAGUUUAGCCGAGCUCAAAUCUCUCGUCGUCGAUUCGAAGAAAGAUACACAGUCUCAAAAUACUCGGCAGCCCAAACUGGAAAAAGCGGACAUAUUGGAAAUGACCGUCAUACACUUGCGGAAACUUCAUGAAUUCAUUGCUCAACCUCCAGUGUUUGAUGGCGAUGACGGCAGUUACAAAGCUGGCUUCUCUCGUUGCGUACAAGAGGUGUUUCAGUUCCUUGAAAAGGAGAGUGGUCUCAGCAUCGCACAAAAGUCACGACUACUGUCUCACCUUACUAGCGUCGUCCCUGCUCUUUCCAACUCUUGUGAACUCAACAACAACGCCACGGAUGAUUCUGCGUCUUCGUGUUCAAGUAGCAGCCGUAGUGGAACUCCAUCUUCGACCUUAAUGGAAUCAUCGCCAAUGGAAUAUGUGCCUCGUAGCCCUUUCAGUGACACAUCCAAUUCGCUCUCAUCUCCUUCCAGGACAAUCUUCUCCAAUAGGACCGCCCAUGGGGCAGACUCAUUGUCAACUGCUUCUAAUGGUAACAGACUGGAUUGCAAGAAUUCCUUUUCCAUUGAUAUGCAAAAUUCAAAUCAAGCAUCUGGUAGAGUGAUUUUGACAAAUGGUUUCCUCGUUUCUGAUUCUAAUCACGAGAACACAAAUUUCAUUUUGAACAGACCAUUAAAUUUGGCUUCUUCUAGCUCAAGAGAUAAUCAAAAAGAAGAAAAUGUGAACGGACAUUUCAUGGUUGACAACGAACAUUCCAGAAGGCUUAUCAUGAACAAAAGUAAGGAAUGCAGAACAUCGUUUGAAAUUUCAGGCAACGGUGUACAAUCAGCAUUUCCACACAGAGAUGAGCAGAGAAUGGACUUUGCUCCAGAAAAUAAUCUCUCCGAAGAACACCACUAUGUUGAAAAUGUCUUGAUGGAUAAAGGUUCAGUUCUUGCUCACAUGGACCCUGUCUGGAGGCCAUGGUAGCAAAGUCAGAUGUGAUUUUAGUGAUUGUAGUUGACUAUCCAUCAUGCUGACCUGUUUUAAUUACGAAAUGAAACACUUGAAAAUAAACUUUGGUUUUACUAAGUCUGAACUGUAAACAAAAUUAAUUAUUUUUGCAAUAAUUUGAUUGAUAUUUCUAAUGAAAAUGUAGAAUAUUCAUGAAUUUUUAGAGAUUUGAUUUAUUGUUUUGAUAGACUUCUUUACCCCUUCGUCAGUUUUUAUGACUUUUUCUGCAGGAAAAAGAGUUGAAAUGAUGUGCCAUUACUAAAAGUUUGUUAAAUAUUUUUGAAUAUCUAUAAACAUAUUUCUGUUAAGAAAAUAUCUUAAGAAAAUAUAAAUAAACUAAAUAAGUUGAGUGAUGACAUAUAUUAAUUGCCACGAAAGUGUUAAUAUUUUAAUUAAUUAGGAGACAUAAGAUUAUUUAGAUUAUGUCUCGAAGGCUCUCUGCCUAAAUGAAAGGAUGCUUUAGAGGAGGAUAUUUCAAGGAAAGCAGCUGAUUUGUAUUAUUAUUACAAUGGGGGUAAACCUCGAAAAUUCUCUUGUAGCCAGCCCGUUCCCCAGAAUAUGAACCUGCGUUGAACUAUCAGUGUUUAGGUAUUUUUACCGCUCGGCAUAGUGUUUUAGGGGUAUCAGAGAUGUCAGCAGUUAAUGUAAGACGAUUGGAUGUUCCAGGUUAAAGGGUCUUCUCCUAAUCAUAUUAGAAUGAAACCAGCAAAUGGAAAAAAAAAAAAAAAAAAA